GCAUUAUGGAAUCAAGUUUAACUCUUAAGGAUUUUGUAACUUCCAUACAAACCAUUGUAGAUGUUUCAAAUAUACUGAUGGAUGGGUGGACGUUACAAGAAAAAGAGGGUGCUGAAAAUGGUAAAUUUAUAACAAAGCGAUAUACGACGCCUUUAAAAGCACUUGAUAAGGAAGAUAUCAAAUUUCUUGUUACUUUUGAGUAUCAUAUUGCCUAUAACUUAAGCUAUGGCGUUCCCGUGCUCUGUUUUAAAGUAUGGAAGCAAGAUGGAUCAUUACUUUCGAUGGAGGAAUAUUGGGCUCUUAAUAAGGAUUUAAAGGAUUCAAACAUGUAUGAUACGCUCACGCAGUUGGAUCAUCCAGUUUUAUGUCAGCCAUUCCUUACUCUUCACCCAUGUAGAACCCAAGAGAUCAUUCAACCAUUCUUAGGACAUAG